GGAGAGAUUGGUAUAUGGGUCGUGUUGAUAAUUUAUAAUCACUUUAUUUGGAAUUCGAUCACCGUUCAUUGACUGUACUUUUAAUUGGGUCUCCUGGGGAGCUAAUGAAAUAAACACUCUAACGAAUGGCAUAAGUCACUUCACCCGUUUUGUGUGAACCAUUUAGAUGUGACAUGGUGAUUUGUUAAUUGAAGGAGAAAAUAAAAAAUCGUCGACGACGCGCACUCGACUACAGAACUGUAGAAGGCUUCGUGUCAUAAUGUUCAUUUUUCACGUAUCAUCGUAAGAAAGAUCGCACGAACUAUAUUAUAAUGAAGCUGGACAACCCAGCAAUUGUCCAAUAGGUGAUGAGAUGACUGGAUGGUCGUCAUGACAACAAAAUUAGUAUACGUCAUACACGUCCAAUGAGAAACUAUGUUUCUUCUCCCCACGAAACGCCUGCUCAUACUUAUUAUGUUGGCGUUCAACGAAAGCAGAUUGCAAUCUGAAACUCAACGCUUUCUUGGGGGGACGCAAUAACUCUCUAAACAGCUCCUGCAUUUCACGAAGGUCUUUUUGAAGAGUUCCGAACAUUUUUAUCUUGAAAAGAAUAUUGUUUUUGCGGAGACUGACAACGUAUGCCGGCAUAUUUUUUGGUGUUAAUUCAUGAUCAUCGUUCUUGUUUUCCAAACUUCGUAGACGCAGAAGCGGAAAAGAAUACCCAAAUCGUGAGGUUCUUGCAAACAACAUUGACUUGGAAUGUAAACAGUUAAAGUGAAGAAUAUCCGACCUUACGUUCUCAGUAAAACGCAGUUAACAAUGGAGACAGCUAGAUGAGACAAAUCAGAUUUAAAUUAUUUAUCUAGACGCUUUCUUACAACUUACUAUCUUUACCUUUGUAAUUUACGUGAUAGUUCAACAUCUACUGUAGAUCGGGUUGAACAAAAAUCCAGAUCAGUCAGGCAUGUAUAAAGACCGGUGUCAUGGCAAAUUAUUGUCAGGACUUUGGUACGGUCGGAGGACUGGCGAUCCUUUUCUUGCCGUCGACCAUGGCCACCUGUUCCGAUUAUAUAACCCUAUUGCCGAGCAAUAACACAUCCCUGACCAUAGAUUCCAAAUUAAGUCUACAGUCGGCGAUCAUCAUUCUCAUAUGCUUUGGAACUUUCGUCAUCGUUCUCUCUUAUCUCUUCAACGUCAUUAGAAAAUUCGUCUACCAAGACAAAACGAUGUUGGAUUUCAGUUUCGAUGCAGGAGGACGAGUGUCCGUUGGUCUGACAGCGACUACCAUCGUAUCACAGUGGACCUGGGCAGCUACCCUUCUCCAGUCAUCUACUGUAGCUGCAAAUAAUGGAAUCAGUGGGCCGUUCUGGUAUGCAGCCGGUGCAACCAUUCCUCUGCUGAUGUUUGCAGCCCUCUCGGUGCAGAUGAAGAUCAGGGCACCCGGAGCAAAGACAUUUCUUCAGGUCAUCCAGGCUCGCUUCGGGAAUCGGACACACUUGGUGUUCUGUGCCUUCGCCAUCAUGACCAACAUUAUCGUCACUGCUAUGCUCAUGAUGGGUGGUUGUGCAGUUCUCACAUCUUUGGUGGACGGCUUGUCAUUAGAAAUGGCUGCUAUGUGCUUGACGGUAAUCAUCUGGGCAAGUACGGGGAUCGGUGGGCUUGGGGCUACCUUUUACUUGUCCUAUUUCAACACCACCAUCAUCUUCAUCAUCAUGACCAUCUUCGUGCUCAUCACGUACAACAACCUCGGCAGCCGGGACACAGUGCUCGGUACCAUAGGUACUGUGUAUGAUUUAUUGAACUGUACCGUGGGUCCUGAACGGAAUCAAGACCGGAGUUACCUCACCUUUGUCUCACCCAGUGGAAUCAUGUUUGGUGUCAUCAACAUUGUCGGUAACUUUGGAACUGUGUUUGUGGACCAGUCCUACUGGCAGAGUUCAGUAGCAGCCAAACCAAGGGAAGGGAUGUGGGGAUUCUUGAUUGGUGGUUUGGUCUGGUUUGCUAUUCCUUUCACCUUUGCAUCCACCAUGGGUCUGGCCUACCUGGCACUCAGCGCCGACGCCGGUAUGCAUCUUCUCACACCAGACCAGAUUGCUCAAGGUCUAGUUCCUCCAAGGAUAGCCCAGGAGCUGAUGGGCUGGAGCGGGGAGCUUUUAAUUGUAAUUUUGAUUCUCUUGGCUGUGACAACAACUGGGUCAGCAGAGGUCAUGGCUAUCACGUCCAUCCUAGUAUACGACUGCUACCAGAUCCAUCUCAAGCCUUUCAGACGCGUUGCCGAUAGCAACGGCUGCAUCCUCUGUGGCAAGUCACGUGGUCGGAUGGCGUCACUGAGAGACCAGUGCGGUUGUCAGAGUAUGACUGACUGUAAAUGGUGUCACGCUGACGAUAGGGCAAGAAUUGAACAGACCAAUCGCGCACUGAAGCCUUCGUUCAAGUGUACUGUACAUGGUACUUAUCGCACUUACCUCGAGCUACUACAAGGCAAACGAAAUUGGAGUCUUGUGUGGGUCUCUCUCUCCUUCGUUCCUCUCACGAUCAUUUUCAAUUAUCUACAGGUGAAUCUCAAUGCUGUCUACAAUUUCAUGGGGAUUUUGAUAGGCUCGUCCGUCACGCCAAUUAUUUUGAGUAUGUUUUGGACAAGGCUGACUGGCAUGGCCAUGAUGAUGGGCGCCACCAUUGGCAUGGUAUGCGGGUUGAUCACGUGGGUCAUCGCCGGCUCCAUUCUAAAUGGACAGUUAAACUUCAGUGUCUUCUUCGAUAGUUCCUGGGAGAGUUUUGAUGCGAACAUGCUGAUUGGUAACUGUGGAUCCAUCUUAACAGGAGCACUCAUUACAGUGGUGGUAAGCCUCCUGACUAACCGUGGAGUGACAGAGGAAGAGAAGCAUGAGAUAUGGGAGAAGACACGAGACAUUGACAACCCACUCUCACCAUGGCCACAUCACUACGUCAAAGAGUUUGGAGUUCCAGAGGGCAAGCUAGUUUAUAACCGUCCCUCGCUACUUCAGAUGUUAAGUGAGUUCCGUCGUGCAAACCUCAUUGCCAUCAUCUCUGGGUUGAGCUUCACUUUCAUUCUCGCAGUCCUCUGGCCAGUCAUCAUGAGCACCAUGGGAGUCCUCAACAAGAGCGAGUUCAGGUCCUGGAUCUAUCUCUGCGAAACUUGGGCCAUCCUCGGCGGGGCGUUCAUCAUUUUCGUCCCCAUCGUGACAGAGAUACGAGAAAUCGCGAUGCGUUUGAAAGAGAAUAAGGACAGAAUGAUGGUCGGUCCUGAAGAAGAAAGGAACCCACCAGCACGCCGGGUGGGCCAGCCUUUGCCGCAGGGACCUAAUGUUCGUCGGGUACCGACUAUCAGCGGAGACACAGCACUUUCUUAAACGCUUGUUCAUAUAUGCCGCGGUAAACGGCGACGGUUUACUCCGGUUUUUUUUCUUGAGCGUACUGCUUUUCACCUUUUUGCAUCUACAGUGCGUAUAAAAAGUGCACACCAGGCAUCAAUAGCAGCUAUCAAUAAUUGAUUUGAAUCAUCAAUUUCGCUUUAGUCUUGUCUUACAUCUGCAGUCGUGCAACACUCAUCUCCCCCCCC